CACCCCUCCCAGGCUGAAUAUCAAAAUUUUCAUUCCUGUGUCGCUCGUGCCGUUCAUUCAUGGGAAAACCUGUGCGUAAGUAGCACACCAUUGACAUCUCCUCACCGCGUAGACCAUUUUCCCUUCCGACCCUUCGUCUCAAUUUUCUCGCCAGAAAAUUCAACUCCCAUUUUUUCAAGAUACCCUCUUCUCAUGCUACUGUGAGCGAGGCCAAGGAAUUAAAUGACAGGAGAAGGGAAUUCAGGACGUCAUUCUCAACCUGAACCCUGUUUUGGGAUGAAAACACUAAAAAGGCACAAGAUGAAACGGAACCUUAAUGAUGUUGUCUUCAUUGAUGUAGAUGGUGAUAAUUUCCAUAAUGUUAUUAUCAUAGAUGGUCCAAAGUCUGUACAACAGAAUGUACAAGAUUCUGGUGUAAUGAGAAGAGACAAAAGGGUUCCAUUGGAAAGCAUUAUUAGUAUUGAUGAUGAUGAAAGCACGGACAUCCAUCCUGAAAAUGGUGCGGAAAGUCGUGGUGACUUGGAUAGUGAUGCCAGCUCAAGCAAGAGAUCUUGUCCUGCUUCCAACCAUUCACAAAAUUCUGUGGGCUUAGAAGCUGAGGAAUGUCAAUUCAUCCGAGAAAGAAAAUCCCCAGUGAAGUUGUCAAAAUGUAAGCGAACCUAUUCUGGGAAAGCUCCCUCCAGAAACCGUUAUGGUUUAGAUCCCAUGCCUGAAAGUACUUCGCCUGAAAGUACUUCAUCUGAAAGUGGUUUAUCUGAUUGUGAGCUUAUGGAAGGUUCUAGGGGAAAGCUUCAUGAACAGUGGGAACAAGCUUACUUAAAGAGAAAAGAUGUCCCUCAAACUGCCAAAUCUGAUUUGGGGGAUCAGCCUAGUGCCUCUGGUUCUAACACUGAUACUCCCCCAAAUAUUGAAGUAGAAAACAUGACUGAACAACAUCAAGAAACCCCAGUAUGUUCUAGUUCAAGCAAUGAAAAUUUUGAAAAAGAAAACCUACCUUCCUUUUUUGCUCCUGAUGGCAGCAAUUUGGGUGCUACUUCUCCAAAUCCUGAAGUUGAGAAUCCCUUUGCAGAAUUUGAAUUUAAAUUUGAUGAGGAGAGUUCAAGGUGUAAAAUUGAGUCAAUGGAAAAAACACAAUUUUCUGAUGUCAACAAUGAUGUUCAAGAUGAAGAAGCUUCGUUCUGCAAGAGCCACAGUUCGGUGGAAACACAGGUUAAUCUAGUUGCUUCGAGUGAAAAAGAUGAAGGGCUCCAUGAGGUACCUAAUGGGUCUCAUUUUCCAAAUGAAUCAAAAUAUGGAGGAACUAUUUUCAAGGGAAAAAAGAAAUCAGUUUCUAGAGAACAGUCAUUUUGGAAACCUCAACCAUCUGAUGAAACAUGGAUUAAUUGUGGUGUAGCACCCUUCAAGGACAAAGUUCAAGUUGUUCCUGAAAAAGCUUUCUUCUGUACCUCUCUAUUGGCAGAAAAGUUGGAUGUUAGUAAUGAAAAAGGUUCUUGUCUGGAAAGAAAGAAACCAGUUUCUGGGGAACCUUCUUCAUGCCAUGCUCCACCUAAUGAAACACAAAUUAAAAAGAGCAAAUCUUGUUUGAUGAGGAAGGAACUAAUUGCUGAAUCUAUGCCUGUCAGUGAACAAGAUAAUAAAAUUGAUGAUAUAACACAUGCUCAAAAUGGUCAAAGAGAUAUAAUCAAUGAGCGAGAGAAGCUCAAGGAGACUGAGGAGUACAAGCGAGCGAUAGAAGAAGAAUGGACAUCCAGGCAGAGGCAGUUACAGUUACAGGCAGAAGAAGUGCAGCGGUUGAAGAAGAGAAGAAAAGCCGAAAAUACACGUUUAUUGGACAUGGAGAGAAGACAAAAGCAGCGUGUCCAAGAAAUGAGAGAGACACAAAAAAAGGAUGAAGAGAAUAUGAACAUGAAAGAGAAAAUUCGUCUUGAAGUACGGAAAGAACUUGAUAAAUUGGAAAUGACAUGUAGUGAUAUGGCCUCAUUACUUCGUGGCCUAGAAAUCCAUGUGGGAGGUGGUUUCUGUCCCUCAUCAAAUGAGAGGGUCAUGUUGUCAAUCCUUGCAAGCAAUGGAGCUGUCAAGGCAGACUAUCUCUGAGAUCUCAUAAACUGCCUAUUAAUGUGGUGCUGAACGCAUGAUCUCAGACUAUAUCAGAAAAAAGAGUACAUCAUCACAGAUUUCACAAAGGAAACAUUUUAUAGCCAGUAGAUCAUGGAAAUGCAGACUAAUAGUUAAAUGGCUGUUAAUUGUACAAGGGACUUAUGGAUGAACCCUUGUGGUUGAAUUUGAAUGGUGAUUAAUGGAGAUUGUGAAUAACAAAUUGGGCCUCUGAUAAACCUGAAUGCUGAUAAAGAUGGUCAUACUUCUAGCAAGGGAGGGCUUGGAAGUCUCCUUCCUACGCAUCAAUCCAACCAACUUCCAGACAAGGAAUGUGGCUUGAGAGGAGGAAGCAUCCCUAACAAAAUGAUGAGAAAAGUACUAUUUUGAGUGGACAUUAUCUCGACAUGCAAUUUCCAAAUGUAAAUACCGUGUGAUUUCUAUUACAUAUCAUGUGUUACUGCCAGAGGGGUCUCUAGAUGAGAGUGGUUGUCUUAGGGGUAAGAGAAGGAAGGAGAGAGGAGGAAUGAGAGAAGAGAAUUCCCAUGUAUGUUUGAGUGGGAAAGGAUGUGUUUCUUCUCAUUCGGCUUAUUCCUAGGCCCUUGAACCAGCUGGUUGUGAAUUGUGAAAUGGGAAUGCUGUCAAUUGUGUGAUGUCAUUGUCUAUUAUAGCCAGUUCAUAUAAUAAUUUACUUGGCUUCUCAUCCCAGCUAGCUUGCCCAACCAUGACCUCCUUUAAAAUCCCUUCUCCUUCUCUUUCACCUGUUAUAAUGUACUGUCAAUGCAUACAGAGAAGAAAAGAUAAAAAGCCAUUGUAUGAUGUGGCACAUGUUUGUUCAUGUGGUAGCACACACUCAAAUCCCUGCUUCUAUGGAGGGAUAUGAGGAAGGAUGAGAAGGGAGUGAAUGUGCUGAAAAUAACGUUAAUCAAUUUAAAAUGGAUAGUGCCCCCAAAAGGCAAAGCUUCUGAAACAGAGAUCUCUUAAAACUUUUAACUAGAAGGAAAUCUAUUUUAAUGACUUCCCAAGAAGUUUUCUUUUCUUUUUAUAUUUCAGUUAUUAGUCAUAUUUUAAUGGGAUUCCAUGUGUUGCAUUUUGUGAAUUUUUUCUGGAUCAUCUUCUUAACCCUAUAGGAUUCUAACAUCAAUAAUUUUCUGGAUCAUCUUAUUAGUAGCCCAUUUCUGCACAUCUAAGGUAUUCCAGCUAACACUUGAGCGGUCUCUAUCCCAGCCAGGCUCAGGGUCUAGCUGAGUUUGUCACAAGCUUGACCCAAAGCCUAAAUAUGAACAAGUUUACAGAGCUAAGCCUUGAGACUAUCAACUUGUUCAGACUUUUCUGCCUUUAUCAUGUUACAAAAUUCUAUUAUGAGCUCAACCAAUAUGUUCCACCCACUAGUGAAGAAUUAAUUUCCACAGCUCUGCCUUAUACAAGGACUAAUGUUUUGGAUUGUAUCUCAAUUGCAAAUAUCUGGAGAUCUUUAAACUUGGGUGUAAAUGCCUAGGCUUGAUGGUAUGGAAGAUCCCUGCUGAGACAAGUGAUUCAAGCAGGUUUUUCAGGUAAUAGCCCCUAAGAUUUUGGGGCCAAAAGGGUCCAAUUCCCUGACAUGUAUUUUCAUCUGAUGUUUGCACUUUAGCCCAUGCAGUAUAGAUGAUUAGCAAAACUAAUACAGAUACUUCAUGUUGAAGAAAAUGCAGUUAUAGAGAUUAGCCUACGGUUUAUGCAGUCAAUUGCAAAGAUGGUUUCCAGCCUAAUUUUCUCAUAAAAACAUUAAUAAUGUUAUUCUUUUCACUUUGUUUACCACAGUUUUUGCUGCCUGCUUACAUAGCAAGUGAUGGUUGAAUGUGUUAAAAAACACUUAAUAUGCAUAAAAUGGAAACAAAUUUUGGCAUUCCUUCACAAUUUGCCAUAUAAACAUGUAGUAGAAAAAGUGGUAAAAAGGCAGGACGAAUAGCAUUACUCAAAAUAAUAAUAAUGGUUGUAUCAAGUCUCACAGUGGUUAAGUGUCUAUAGAUCACCUCCUUAGCAAAUAGAUGUUAUCUUUGCCAUAUGGAUGAAGAGUCUAUUGAUCUCCUCCUUAUUCACUAUGUAAAAACAAGGAUUUUAUGGGAGUUGUCAUUGCUUUUUUUGGGGUGUCUUGGGGUGCUUUCAUCGUCGGUUAGAGAGACUAUUGGGUUGGUAUGGUUCAUUUAUGGGCAAAAUGCAUAAGAAGGAUUGGAGAGCAGGGCCUUUAUGCAUCUUUUGGACGGUGUGGAAGGUAAGAAUACAAUUGCCUUUGAGGAUGACUUGCCCUUGAUCCAAAGACUAAAAAGUUCCUUUAUUUGCUUUCUUUGGUCAAAGACCAAGUUGUUUAUAGAUGAUUGUCCUUUGACAUUAGUUUCUUUAAUUGGUUGGAAUCUUUUUGAGGUGUUGUAGCCCCUUCUGUUUUGUAGAUUGUUGUCCUAUUUGAGCCUUUUUUGUGGUGGGUGUAUAGGUCCUGUAUACUUCGAGUUGCUCUUUUGCUCUUUUGAUGCCUCUUUUUAAUAUACUCUCUUCUUUAUCUAUCCAAAAAAAAGUCUCACAGUGGUUAAGUGGCUUUUAGUGCUUAUGUCUCAUUUAUUUAAAAUACAUAUUAUGGACUUUGUAGCUAUUGGAGAUCAUUUCAUUAUGUGUUGUGGGGGGCUAAUUUGUAUUCUCAGGAGAUUCUUUGGUUGUUUUUGGCUCCUUUUAACACUCAUUGUAUAUGGUGCAAGUUUCAUGGUCUUUCUACCUUAGCGCUUUCCAAAAUUGAAAAAAGAAAAAUUGUCAUGCAAUGCUUGAGAAUUACCAAUAUGCAUGCCUGUACAUACAUCAAAGUUGUGAGGACAACUGUGACAACAUGAAUUUGUGCAAGUUUAUUAUUCAUCUAUUUAUCCUUUAUUGUCCCCUGAUGUUCAUCUCCAUUUCAGGUCCAUGCAGCUUAUAAAC